GGGUGAAGAACUCGGUGUUUGAGACUGAACCAACAACUAAUGAUAUAUCACAGUAAGGCAGCCAGCCCUGUAAGCAGAUGCCACAUGUAGAGAAAGAACAGCAUGACCGUGACGAGAGUUGAACCCUGGACAGUCAACCUUCACUGUGUUGGUGACAGGUGGUAUUGACGGACUGAACCAAUAGCUCAGCCGGGUGACAGACUCUACACACAGGAGUGCAUCCAUCCAUUCAUCCGUCAUCUAGCAGUUCAUCCAUUCACCCGUCCAGUCUUCCACGACUUUUCAUCCCUCCUCUAUUCAUUAUCCGUCUGUCAGGUUAUUAUUCGGUCCUCCGUGGAGGCAGGCAACCAACUAGCCAAUUCCAGCCGCAAAUACAGGUUUCAGAACAGACUCUCGAGUGAAGAGAGAGCUGUUUAGAUGCUGCUGUCCAUGAAAGUCGUCCAAACACUACUAUUAGGGUGAGAUCACACGCGCCUGCCAAUGAUGUAUUGCCUUCGCGAGGUUAGUAAAUGAGCGUUCGUUUGGGUUCAUACUGCACAGACAGGGGCCAGACUGUCACGGGGUGGGGUGAUCGUGCCGGAGGGUCGGUGAGGGGAGAGAGAGAGACUGAGGACAACUUUCCAGUUGAUAUCGCCAUACUCCAAGCUCCUCUAAAGCAUCUUCUCUCUCUCCUUCACAGAGAGAGAGAGAGAAAGAAAGAGAAAGCGCACGAAUCUUCCCUCCUAUGUCAGGCGGUGCCUUCUCUCCUGCUACCUUGGUCUCCCGCCCGCCACUGGUGCCAGUCUUGGCUCACAGACCUGGCUGGCAGGUCGCAGUUCGCGCAUGCACCACCGGGAGGACGCGGCGAGGCGCGCGGCAGUGUCGCGUGGUCCAUCACCGUAUGUGUUGUUUCCCAAGCAACCCCCAGUAUCCCUUCCUCAUUCCCGCUAGACACAGGAAUACCAAGAAGAGACCAGCAAAACCCACUUGGAAACUAAUACCUUACAAAUCCGCAGAAAUGGUUGUUUCUGAUGUUGGACACCAAAGAGUGAAGAAAAAGCUUUGUGUGGAGUUCUAAAUUUUUAAUGCUUUUGCUUGGUGUCGUUGCGCUGAAGAAGCAGGUGGGAUUGAAAUGUGGAUAAAGAUUUUAAGCAGUCACAAUUCUAGUUCUUGGACAAGCUUCUGUUUUAUAGAAUUAGUUGUUCUUCUCUCAUUUCAGUUAGAAAAAGUAGCGGAAUCCUUUACUGAAUAUUCGAUAAUUUAUAGCUCAAAUUAUUUUCUGUGUCACCAAACUUGCUUGGAACAGUUUGUACACUACUUUUUAAUGUAAACAUAUAGACAAAAGAAAAAGUGAGGAAUAAGUAGUGAUUCUUUCUAUUUUUAACUCCUCUUUUCGGAAGCUGACGAUGCAGUUGUCUGUGACUAAUGAUACUUUGAUCUUUCAAGCAUCCCUGUGGAAGUAGUCUCCCUCGUAAUACUCUCCAUUUUAAAGAAAGUUUUUUCAUCGCGAAAGUCUAGAGUCUUAUUCUUUCAACAUUUGAACCACUUUGUUCGGAAAGCCCUGCCAGACUUGCUGCUUAAUGGUCAGAGCAAUAACUCAGCCUGUCAGGGAGCAUCGCCCUACGAGCGAGCCCCAACAACACUGACUGAAGUAAUCUGGAGCUUGGGAAAGUUUGUUGCCUGCUCUACACUCACUCAGUAUUGCUGUCUGCGCCCCCUGGUGACAAGCUAGUCUCAACAGACUGCAGAGUGUGCAUCAUGCUUCCACGAUAAAUCAGCUUUGUUCUAAAGUCGGCAUCAGCACGGCGGCGCCAGGCGGGCAUCAAAUGGUUCCUCAGAAGGUCUUGCAUCGCUUCCUGGAGAAGAAAAACAAGAACCUUCAGCGAGAACAAACGGAAUCAAUGGAUGGUCAGUUUUUGUGGAAACCGUUCGCGAACCUCGUUAAGCACCUUUGUGGGAAAGACUCUUGAGUUUACAAUAAAGGACAAUUUUUCCAAACCCGUUUUUCUUGGACAAACAACUGGACAAAAUCACGGGAGCGGCAGCUCAAGUCCACGGUUGGCAAAAAUCGCACAAUGCGCAGAAUUUUUCUGAUCAGUAAGAGAAGGUUUAGAAUUUCCCUUGGACAGUUUAUUCUACCAUUCUUGUUACUUUAAACAUCUCAGGGCUGUGCUCAUUCUCAGAUGCUGCGUGGUUGUACACGUGGACAUUUCGUCUUGAAGCUCAGAGAGCCAGCGGCUGUAAGCUUCGCGAGUUUGGUCAAAGAGCAUUUCCGGCGAACUUCUGGCGAAUUGACUCCAAUUUCUCCAGCUGUUGUUGGGUUCGCUCUACCGUGUAAAUCUUUUGCUGGGACAGCAGCUGUCAGGCAAAGGAAACACUUAAACUGGAAGUAUGCCAGACCUGUGCUGGAGGAUCUCGAGUGUGCUAGAGAGUUCCUGGACCAUGCAUCUUUUUGGGCUUGUUAGCCUUCUACAAGGUGUUCUUCUGACUCAAGCUGUCGGCAGAUUAUCGAUAACCACGCCUCAGUCUUCCAGACACGUCAGCAAAGGGGACUUCUACUACACCCACAUAGAUGUCAUGGACUACCACAACAAGGUCAGCCAAGAUUCCAACCCUCGUCACCCGGAUCUGGACAAAUUUACCCAAGGAAUGCUUCGCGACGGUUUCGGAAACGGUAACACCCAGCUCGAAGCAUCUGGAUUUUUUCUGGACGGCAACGGCUCCUCUUCCAAACUUAAUUUCACCUGGCCCUUGAGGACCCUGUCGGCCACCAUUGAUGGCCAUCUAACUCUGGGAGCCCUACACAUGGUGCACGAACGCAGCGAGACCUUCGAGUGCGGCAAGGUCAUGCCUCAGGGAGGCAUCCAGGCGCUGGAGACGAUGCUGUACACCAUUGAUUUCGUCAACGAGGAAGGAACGUGGGCUGGUUCAGGGAGCAGAGUUAUGCCGCCUGGAAUACGACUCGGGGUUCUGGCUAAGGAUGACUGCGACAGGGACAUCUUCGGCUUGGAGCAAGCUGUGGACUUCAUCAAAGGGUCUAUUACUAGCAUCGGCGGUUCCUCCUACAAGUGUCCAGACGGGUCACAGCCAGAAAACGAGGUCAAGAUCAUCUCGGGUGUGCUGGGGGCGCCCUCUAGCGUGACAUCAAUACAGGUGCACAAUCUCCUGAAGCUCUUCAAGAUUCCUCAGAUCAGCUUUUUCUCCACAAGCCCGGACCUGAGCAACAGAGAGCGCUUCCCCUACUUCCUGCGGACCAUCCCCUCGGACGUGUACCAGGCGGAGGCCAUGGUGGAGCUCGUCAUCCGCCUCGGGUGGAAGUACGUCUCCGUGGUGUACGAGGAGUCCAGCUACGGCAUCCUGGGCUUCAAUGAAGUGGAAAAGCUGCUGAAAGAGAAGGACAUCUGUCUCGCUACAACCGAAAAGUUGCUCAAAGACUCUGGACAGGCUACAGACCACGGAUAUGACGUCAUUGUCGAUCGACUUGUGAAGAAAACUCACGCACGAGGGGUCAUCAUCUUUGCGUCAGAUCAAGAAGUUGGGGAGCUGAUGAAGGCUGUAAGAAGGAAGCGUGUCACUGGAAGGUUUGCCUGGAUCGGCAGUGAUGGCUGGGGGGCCCGGGGACUGGCCUUCAAGGACAACGAGGAAGAGGUGGAAGGCGCCAUAACGGUUCAGCCACUGGCUGAAGAAGUCCGAGGAUUCAGGGACUACUUUUUCAGCCUGCGACCUGCGACAAACACCCGCAACCCGUGGUGGGUGGAGUACUGGGAACAAUUCUUCAGCUGCAAGUACCCAGGCAGCACCGUCACCCCAUUCAAUCGGGAUUAUUCCAGAGUGUGCACAGGGGAGGAGCAGAUAUCCGACGACAACGGAUUUGAGAUGGAGGCUCAGCUGCAGUUUGUCAGCGACAGUGUCAUGGCAUUUGCACACGCCUUUAAGGACAUGCACCACUACUACUGCGGCGGGAAGCUGGGAGUCUGUACAGCCAUGACGAAAUUUAAUGGCGACCUUCUCAAGCAGUACCUGCUGAAAGUCAAAUUCACAGGCUUGUCAGGUCAAGAAUUCAGUUUUCUGCCCAACGGUGAUGGUCCUUCUCGCUACCGGAUCCUCAACUUCCGACGAACGAGCAGCGGGAGCUAUGAAUGGGCCACCAUCGGCUACUACAAAAACGGACACAUGGACCUCAGCUCUCCUCCACAGUUCAAGGUGAACGAGACCCUGCAUCCCGAGUCUGUCUGCAGCAAGCCCUGUGGACGGAGUCAGUACAUGGUACCCUUCCCUGGAGACCCUUGCUGCUGGACCUGCAAAGACUGCACGCAGUACGAGUAUCUCGUCAACAAGCUCAAAUGCGAGGAAUGCCCCAUGGGCACCGUCCCCAGCUACAACAUGACCGACUGCAUCCCGAUUCCACAGAAGUACCUGCACUACCGAGAUGUCAUCGCCCUGGCUGCCAUGACCUUCGCCUCGCUGGGCAUCAUCACCACCUCCUUCGUCAUCGUGGUCUUCCUUCGCUACAUGGACACGCCCAUCGUCAAGGCCUCGGGCCGCGAGUUGUGCUUCGUGCUGCUCUUCGGCAUCUUCCUGUGCUACGCCAUGACCUUUCUCAUCGUCUCCAAGCCCAGCCUGUACACGUGCGGCGCGCAGAUGAUCGGCCUGGGACUGUGCUUCUCCAUGUGCUACUCGGCCAUCUUGACCAAGACAAACCGCAUCGCUCGCAUCUUCCGCGCCGGCAAGCGAACAACCAAAAGGCCAAAGUUCAUCAGCCCGGAGUCGCAGCUUGUCAUCUGCUUCUCGUUGGUGGGUGGCGAGCUCAUCGUCAGCCUCGUCUGGCUUCUCAUCUCUCCGCCGGCUGCCGUCCCCUUCUACGCAGACCGGGCGGACCACCAGCUGGUGUGUCAGGCGGCGGUGGGAUUUUCCUACAUGAUCGGCUUCACCUACCCAAUCCUGCUGGUCAUCGUGUGCACCUUCUACGCCAUCCUCACCCGCAAGAUCCCCGAGGCUUUCAACGAGAGCAAACACAUUGGCUUCACCAUGUACACCACCUGCAUCAUCUGGGCGGCCUUCGUGGUUAUCUACCUGAGUACUGCGCACAGCAUGCAAAUCCGCACGGCCACCGUGUGUUUCUCCAUCUCGCUGUCGGCGACAGUGGCGCUCAUCUGCAUGUUCGCCCCCAAGAUGUACGUCAUCCUCCUGCGGCCCGAGCGGAACGUGCGUCAGUCCAUGCUCAAGGCCACAGCUGCCAGCGCCACCUCCACCAGCCCCGGCGGCGGGGGCGGGGGUACCAGCAGCUGCAGUGGCGCCACCUACGUCAACGCCGCUAAUAACUCCUCCAUCAGGAUUGACUCAGACAUGGAGAUGACACAGCGCAUGUAUCCCUCUGGUUCCUUCAGCAGCGCCUACAGCACCAGCGCCACGCAGACCCACAGCAACGGCAACAGCGUCAGCACGCAGACCCUGGACAGCGUCGAGCGCGAGUUCGAUGACGACGACGUGGAAUUAUGACGUUAUCGCAACUAUGGCCGAGGCUGUGGCGAGGAGAGCGACGGCGACAGCUUCCUGACCUUGUACGACUACGAGCGACAGCUGGACGUCGCCUUGUGACGUGUGCAGGCUUGUGACGUGUGCAGGGGACCAUGACGUAGCUGGGAUGAGGGAUGGGGUUAGGAACCGCAGCCUCCGACUGGACAGACUCAACUCGAGCUCAACUCACUCCAUAACACGCGCUCAUUCUGUUCCGUUCAUGUGUUUAGUGUUCUGUCCGCAUGCAUACGUGUAACUAAUACUUGUGAGUGAGACUGACAAAAAAGAGAUAAUUGUCCGUUCUUUUCACGAAAUUAUUUAUUUGUUUUGUUGUAAAUUACGUGGUAAUGACCUUACGUGACAACACAAGCACUGAUUCUUUUUUCCAAACCUAAAAAGACUUGUUGAAAACGGUAAUUAAAGAUCGUGAGAUAAAAAGCCUCGAAGUGAAAUGUCUGCGAUCAACUGCUUCCUCGGUGAAUGCGUUGGAGUGGAUGUAAGAGGCAAACUUGACUGACUGGCGGCGAUCAAGUGCGUGAAAAAUAAACAAUAAAUAAUUCAAUAUUGAUGAAUUAAUUAGCCUUACGACAUGUCUGAUAAGAAUACAGCCAUGCCAGAGCUUGGAACCUUUGCUAAACAUAGGUUUCUAAAGGACUUCUGGCUGAUGCCACAAUCACAGGCUGUCAUUUGAAAAAGAAUAAUUUCUUUGCACAAAGCUUGAUUACCUGAUGCAAAUUACUGUUAGAAUUAAUGUAUCUUGAAUAGCUCUGCCAAACUUUUGAGGCGGCUGACUGGAGUUUUCAACUGGAGGACUAAAAAUGAAGGAGAAACGCAAACUAAAAAAGACAGCUCCGGUGCUGUGGGAAUCCAUACCGAUGCUCAAACCAUUUGUGGUACAGCCACGGAACCAGACGUUGGGAAAAAAAAGCCAAAAAAAAAAAAAAAAAAAAAAAAAGGUGAAUUAAAUUGUCCUAACGGCAAAACUGUCUGCUGACUUUUAAAAAAAUUUUGAGCGUCGUGUCUUCGGCGGGAACUAGAAAGUAGCUUCCUUACAUGCAUGGUGCUUGGAGUGAAUAUAAUAUGUGCUGCAAUCUCCUUCUCCUCUUCCUCCUCCUCAUCAUCAUCAUCAUCAUUAGCAGCAGCGGUAUUGUUAUAUUGUCAUCGUUUGGGAAAGAGACUUGGACUUAGUUAAACCAGAGAAAGAUCUGAUCAUGCAUGGUUGACCAUGAGCAACUACAAACCCAAACUCCUGUCACUCUUCCUGCUAUGCGAUAAUCAGUUUUCAUUACAUUUUUUUUUGGUCACAGCUACAUUUUUCUUCCUUCGUAAUAAAAAAAAAACAACAUCAACAACAAAUCAAAAACAAAAAAACAAACAUGUAUAAGUACCUAAAGAAAUUUAGAGACCACAGUGAGGACUUAAAAAGAUGAACACAUACUAAAUCUUCGGCUCGUCUCCACUGAACAGGGAAAUUCUACCUGACACUUAACUUUGUUACUGAGGAUUUCCUGUGAUUUUGUUUCAUUUUUUUAUAGACAAAUUAAACUCCUAUAAUACCAUAAAAAGCAAUAUGCUAGACGUCGUCGUCACCAGGGUUUACAAGCAAACAAAUCUUUUGGAAUUGCGAGUGUAAUUACACUGGUCAUGUCACCUGACACUGCGGGAACGAAAACCCUGUUUCGUCUCUCGCUCUAUUUUUGAUCACGUGACUCAAGUGAGCAGGUCAUUAAAAUAUAAAUAUGUUCGUGUGCCAAUAAAAUGAACGUCGGUCGUUUUGACUUUAACUAGUGCUUUAUAAUUUAUUUUCUCACCUGAAACUUAUCAGUUUAUUUAAUACACACACAUAUAUAUUUUCUAUUUCAAUUAAUAAUUAUAUUACUUCAAUACACGCUCAUAAUGCAUCCAAAAAAAAAAUACUUACCUUUAGAGAUAAUGAAUACAAAUGUUCUAUAUGCGAGUUUAUUUCAAGAACAGGUAUUGUGAAUUCAAAUUAGAUAAAAGUAUAAAUGACUAAGUAAUGACUAAGUAUUAAUAAGUUCAAAAGACAUACAUGAGAGGCUUCUUUAUUCUUUAUGCACGAAAUAUCAACACACAAAAACUGUUAAAGCGCACGAACUAACUAAAUAGACUUUUAUUUUAUUAAACUAAAGACACUAAAUACACUAAAUAGACUGUGUGUGAAGGAUAAGAAUACUUGUGACUAUAGAGGGGUUACAUCCUUUUGACCCGCUUGUCCAUCAUCAACCCUCGACCACUCCCAAUCAACAGCCACAGUACCGUAGAAGUAUUUCGUUGGAGUAACAAGACUUUUAUCCUUGAGUGUCUGUGAGCAUCCGUGAUGAGUGAUAAGAAAUCAGACAGAUGCAGUGUUACAAGAUGCCAAACGAGUGCUAAAAAUGUUUGAAUUGUUUUGAUCUCCUCCUUGGGCGUGAGCUGCACUCAGUCACGAGACUUACGAUGGGCACAAUGGCUGAUUGCAGGUGACUGGCACAUGCUGAACUUUUCUUUUUUUGGGGAAAGUGAGUCUGAGGAGGAAUGACCUCGCCUCUGGAUACCUAUCUUUCCAAUGGUGCUCGACACUCAUUUUUACUCAAUGUCACUGCCGUGAGCUGUGUCCGACCGCAAGGUCGGUGCGCUGAUGACGAAAUGUAUUUCACGAUACAUGACAGACAUUUGCACCGACAAAAAUUGUGAUCACGUGUUUGUUUUUUUUUCUUUUUUUGACAAAUCGCUGUCUGUCGUUGAACUUCCAUGAGCUACUGUUUUACUCCGUUUGUCAGCAACAGCUUCAUACAUGUGUGCAUUUGUUUUUUGCUCACUCACUCACCUCCAAGCUUGUGGUGAGUCUGUACUCUAUACAACCAUAGGCUCCUAGCAUCGGUUUGUCCUACUGCACCUGAGAAUUUCAUUCCACCCCUUUACUUCACGCUGCUUGUCCACUCCACUCCAAUUUUUUUAAGACUCGAAGGCGGGCAGUGUUCUUCCGUGGAAAAAAGAUUUCUUCGAGUGAUUGUUGAAUAGCUUCCUAAUGUUAAUUAAAGUGAGAAUGAGUUGAAAUCACCAAACUGUCUGAAACGUCUCCCCUAUUACCAAUAAAGACUCCUCGGCAGGGAAGAGAAGUAGCAAACACAUAAUCGGGUCCUUAAUACUCUUUGACGAUACCAUUAUCUUUAUUGCUUAUAUAUAAAAUAUAUUUCUCCUUCGUUAUAUACAUUUACUUUUUCUAAAAAUGGAAUUAAUUACGUUUUAACAAUUUGCUAUUUAAAAGUGCUGUUGGCUUCGUAAAGAAUUAAUGCACUGGUAAAAAUACUGCAAAUUCUAUUGUAAUUAUGACUUCAACAAAACUGUUCACUUGGCUUGAUGUGGACAGCUGUGGUCUGGUAUCAUUUGUCAUGUCAUCGCGUGUGCUGAUGUGGAUGUCUUUUGCAAGCAUAGCGGAGUAAACCUUUUCAAAGGAAA